AUGACUAAAAACCAAAAUAGUGAUCAACUUCAAUCCUCUCAUAACAGUAGAAGAUCAGAAGCUCUCCGAAACCUUCUAGAAAGAGUACCUGGGCUUCGAGUACUAAAUUAUAUAGAUAUAAUUGAUGAUAAUGAGAAUAGAGAACCUGAAAUACCCUCAAGCAGAAAUGCACAAAUCGAUGCACCGAUGACUCUGAAAGAA